AUGGCAGUCAUGCCGGAGUGUCGGUCACCAGCAGCAGUUCCCUUGCCUUCCCCUAGUCGAUGUUGUUCGCCGGAAACAAACACCUGCAACGGCCGACCACUCUUCAGCAACAGCAUGGCAUCGGUAUCUCCCCUGCAACAGGCUGAGAGAAGAGGUGAUUCGCCGCUGCCAAAACAACCGGCCCUCCGCGUACGGGGCUCGGCUGCCUCUAGGAACAGUAGCUUGCCUACUUCUCCUUUGGAUGAUAUCCCUGAACAGCUGUGGCCCCGAGUCCUCCGGACGACCGGUACACCCGAGACGAGCCAUCCGGACCUCUCCCUUGAUGAAUUGACCUCUACAAGACUGUCCGUUGACGAUGAAAAUAUUCUGACGAGCCUACCAAGAGAAGACAACAGAAGUUCGCGAGAUGUGGGCAGUCCCGCCGAGCGAAAGGGAUUUAGCGGCCUCUGGAGGGACAACAGCGACCGCCUGAAAAAGAUGUCCAGAAGACUCAGGAGUCUCCCUGCUGACCUGUUUCCCCAUAGGAACCGAAAAUUGGUGGAUGUAACCUCAGAAGCGCCAAAUCUUCAGUCUGACACGUCUGAACCAAAGCUUCCGUCGUCGGGCUCCGUGACCGGGUCAACUGGAAGGACUCCGCUGCCCCCGUCCAAUGAAGGGCUGGCUCACACCCCCUUGAUGGACUAUGAAUGCAACCCCAAAGACACGGUUUCAUGCUCAGAAGAAGAAAUGUCCAAGAUCUCCAGCCUCAUCAAAGGGGAACUCCGCCAGGCUACACGUAGAGAGCGCACAGGCUCUGCCGUUUCUCGCUGGCCCCAGGGUCUACCCCGUCAGUUUGCGGAUCCUCCGAUUUACUACUCGCCGACAGCUUCAUUCCCAAAGGCAAAAAACCGACAAUCGCAUGAGCUGCGUGGGCUGAAGUCCCUAUCUCAGCAGCUGUUAGCACGGACAUCCUCUUUGGCAAGUGUUGAAGAGCUGAGAAAUCAUGCAUUUGGUCAUGGGCGGCUGCGCCGACCGGGCCUUUCUGGCGCUUCCACCAGGCAGAGCUCUGCCCCGAGUGUCGGACGAAGCUCCCGACCUGCCUCCCGCCCAGGUACAAACAGCGAGUCCAUUCACGGCAGCACUAUUGCGCCCCGCCGGCCCCGAGUCUAUAUGGACGCGCCAUGUGGUUAUGCGGACUCGGUACGGGCCGGGAUUAACCCUCCGAGUCGCCCGACCACCUCGUCUACAGCUCGACCCCGGUCAAAAUCCGCUUCUGUCGUGACUGGUCAGGAGGACAAAUCGAACAUGUCGCCUAAACGUCAACCCGAGGUGGAAGUGGGCAUGGGCGACCGGCCCGGAUACACCAAGGUCCCUCUUUACGUUCCGAGAAGAAUUGAGAAGAAGCAAGCCUGCGGCUCCAGACAAGAUCAAUCUCGCCCUGUCCUGACACCUGUGCCCGCGACACCAAAUGUUGCAGCCAAGGAGACAGCGGAGUCAUUCUCCACAAACCCCGAACUUUCUAGCUCCAACCCAGCUAUUUCUGAUGUUUCAUUCACAUCGCUCCAAUGCCAGACAUCAAUGCAAUCGCAAUCUGAAAGAGACCAAGCGCUGAGGGAGUUCAGCGGUGAGGAAAAUGACGAAAAUGUUCCGCCUAGCACAGGUGGUCGUGGCCUGUCGAGGGCGCUGACCAGUGCGUGGUCGGAGAAAACUUCGCGGAAAAAGCAGAAGAACCGCAAGCGAAACUACCUCUAA